CACUGCCAACUUGUCAAGGGUUUAUCAAUUUUCACUUAUCAGUUCACUUCAGGCCAAAGGGUUUAUUGAGAAUCAGGGUACGAGAGAGAUACAGAGAAGUAGAAGAAGAAUGGAGGCCAUAACAGAGGGAGUGAACGACUUGAAGAUUGCUUCUAACAACUCCGAACCCCAGAAGAAGAACCGUAUCCAAGUCUCCAAUACUAAGAAAUCGCUAUUCUUCUAUGUCAAUCUCUCCAAGAGGUAUAUGCAGCAAUACAAUGAAGUGGAACUCUCUGCACUUGGAAUGGCUAUUUCAACAGUUGUUACUGUUGCUGAAAUUCUCAAGAACAAUGGAUUUGCUGUUGAAAAGAAGAUUAGGACACUUAGUGUUUACAUGAAGGAUCAUCCACAAAGUCGGCCUGUACCAAAGGCUAAGAUUGAGAUAGUGCUGGGAAAGACAGACAACUUCGAAGAGCUGAUGGCUGCUGAAGCAGAGCGACGUGAUGAUGAUGAUGGUGUGGAAGGCUAGACGACUCGUUGUCUCCAGUGACAAAAGUAAAUUUAGGUGUUGGUAUUUAGUGUUUGAGAGAACACAUCAUAAUUUGUGUAGAAAUAAUGGUUGUUUCAGUUCAAGAUUAAAUUGAUAUUGCAGGAUGCAUGCUUGCCUUGAUUAUUAACAAUAUACAGUGCAUGUUAUUAUUUUGUGUGCAA